AUGUCACAGCUGUCACCAACCUCAGGGGAGGUUAAGCCAAUCAUUGUCGGCUUGUUUGGACUUCCAGGCUCCGGAAAGUCAACCGCCAAGAAGCACCUGCAACAAAGUGCCUUUGCGUCUCAAAUCAACACAUUCGAAGGGUCUGAAGUCCUGGAGAAUAUUGCAAAAGAGGGAGGUACAGCUUUCCGAAGCCUCGACGAAGGGGAAAAGAUAUCGUUGCGGAAGAAAGCCAUUGCAGCAAUCUCAAAGCAGUGUGCAGACAGCAACAGGAUUGGAAUCGUGACUGGACAUUUCAUGUUCUGGAGAGAAGGCGAAGAUGCUCCAGAAACUGUCCUCACACAACAGGACUGGCGAGUCUUCACCCACAUCUUGUAUCUCAACCUUCCCGUGGCAAAGAUUCAGCAACAGAUUCAGGAAGAUGACCAACGCAAGGACCGGCCCCGUGAAUCCUUGAUGCAUCUGCAGAGGUGGCAGGUCGCUGAGAGAGACGGGUUGCGGUCUUCUUGUUUGGACAACAACGUCAAGUUCUGCGAAACCACGGCAGAUUCGAAUGUUCUUGCUCAAACGAUCGAAUUUCUCAACCAGAUCUGCGUCGAGGCCCGGCUAGACGGUGUCGUGAAUACUCAUGAUCCUUCCAAGCUCCGCACUGUGCUUCUCCUUGACGGCGACAAGACGAUCAUUCCCGGCGACACAGGCGAGGCUUUCUGGAAGCUCCACGACAACAGCAGUCCUCUGAAGGAGAUUUUCGAAGCUGGAUACUCCUACGACACCUUUCGCGAAGCCAUGAACCUGUAUCGCACAGUAAGUAGCAAAGCAUUCGACAAAGCCUCUCGCGAAGUAGCCGAAUCCGCAUUGAUGCAUCAACAAUUUCUGGACCUAUUGAACGAUGUUGGCAAGCACGAGCACAUCGGCGCAAUCGUCGUCACUUGUGGAUCGAGAAGCAUCUGGGAGAAAGUGCUGUCUGCUGCUGGUGUGUCUGAGAAAGUAAAGAUCAUCGGUUGUGAAGUGGACGGUAUGAUCGUCACGCCGGAGUUGAAGGGCAUCCUGGUCAACCGGUUGCACGACGUCCACAAGAAAUUCGUGUGGGCUUUCGGCGACAGUCCCCUGGACUUGCCUAUGCUGCGGAAUGCCGACCAAGCAAUCGUCAUCGUCGGCGAGAAAGGUGCUCGAAGUCGGUCGAUGGAAGGGAAACUGGGCGAUGCGAUUCGCAAUGGUCUUCAGGUACGCCAGCUCUUGAUGCAAGUCUGCAAGGAUGGUCCGCUGCUCGAUACCGAUCAACUGCCACUGGUGCAACUGGACGAUGUCGACUUCAAACAGUCGAUCCUCAAGACUCCCCAUCGACUAGAAUACCUCGAUGCAACCGACAGAGUAUCCGCCAAGCUACUCAUGUCAGCCACACGCGAUGCAAAGUGCCGUGGUCCAGCAUUGGUAGAUGCGCAUCGUCUUGUGGGUCGGUAUCUGGCCACGGAAUAUCUCGGCGCAAUUCUUGGUCUGGAGACGUACAAGAUCAUGCAUGUGCAAGGCGGCGAGGUCGAUGGACAUCGCUUAUCAUCCGAAGACAAGACCGUCAUUGUCCCUCUGAUGCGCGGAGGUGAGCCCAUGGCACGCGGGGUGUGGGAGGCGUUCCCAACUGCUAUGUACGUCCAUGCGAAGGAACCUGUUGAUCUCCACAAGAGCGAUCAUAUUGCCGGACGAGCUGCGAUUGUCCUUGUUGAUGGAGUUGUCAAUACUGGCAAGUCCGUUGUUGAUUAUGUUCAGCACAUUCGCAGUUGCGACGCGAACGUGAAGAUUGUUGUGCUUGCUGGGGUGGUUCAGGGUCAAGCAGUGGAGAAGGGUGGUGUACUUGACCGCUUGUCCAACCGGUAUGAAGGCAUCAGCCUCAUUGCUUUACGCAUCUCCGCGAACAAGUACACGGGCAGUGGCUCCACAGAUACAGGCCAUCGCUUGUUCAACACCACGCACAUGAAUUAA